UUCACCAAAUGCCCCUGAGGUUUACUUUAAUGCACCAAAUACCCCUAAACUUUCCAAAAUGCACCAAACACCCCUGACGUAUGCAAUAAUAUCAUUAAAUGCCCUUUUGUCUGACGGACGUUAACCCUCCGUUACCAUGUUUUUACCUUGUUGCCCUUACUUGUCCUUUCUGGCGCCAUAUCAAAAAAGAAAAGAAAAAAUUCAAAACCUAACUUCCCAACUUAUUCCUCGACAUUUCUCUCUGUUCUCUUACACCAUUAGAGAGCACUUGAGUACCAAACCAAAGAGAGAGAAAGAUCGAAAUUCGCUGGGAUUUGUGUAAAACAACUCGCAAUAGUUAGUCGAAGUAAAUCCCCACGAAAAGAUCGACAAUUUGGUCCAAAAAUCUGCAGUUUUCGCGAGUCCUACAAAAGUGGGUGCAAGGAGAGCAAAGGACUGGAAUUUGUGGCUUCAACUUCAUCAAAAUUGUGUCAAGGAUGGUCGCAAUUUGGUUGUUAUGUCAUUAUAAUGAUCGGAAUUUUGAUGUGAGGGUACAAGAUACUGAUGAAACGAACUACAUGGAUUUGGUUGAUGACUUGUUUGAUGAUUCUAUUAAGCAAGAUGUUCUGAUUCCCGAUUUAUUUAGAUUGUUUUAUGUUAAUCCUAGUACGAAUAAAAGAGUAGAAUUGUUGAAUGAUGUUGGUUUGAUGGGCAUGUGGGGUUUAUUUAAGCGCACAGAUACUGUGGAAAUAUGGAUAGAGAAGGCAAAUGAGAAGGAAACUUCAAUCCAAUUUAGGACUGCAGUUAAGAAAAGGAAGGAUAGGAAGGAAAGGAAGGUUGCAGAACUUAGAAGGAAAGCUGAGGAGUUUGAGAGGGAGAGGGAAGAGGAAAGGAGAAGGUUAGAAAGGGAGGCUGAGAUUCAAAGGGAUUUGGAGGAGCAAUUGGCAAACACAGUGGCAGUUGAGGUGCCUGUGUAUGAUGUUGAGGAUUUAAGCGUAGAGUACGUACGUGUUUACAGCUCACAACAUGCUGACUGCUUUUCCCCGGGAGGUUCCCAGCCACCAAAUACACAAAAAGAGCCUUCACCACCACCAAGAGAGCCCUCACCACCACCAAAUAAUCCAUCACCACCACCAAGAAGUCCCUCACCACCACCAAAUAAUCCAUCACCACCACCAAGAAGUCCCUCACCACCACCAAAUAAUCCAUCACCACCACCAAGAAGUCCCUCACCACCACCAACCUCACCACAGACACAACCACAGCAACAACAACAACAGACAGAACAUCAGCAACAACAACAAACAGAACAUCAACAACAACAACAAACAGAACAACAGCAACACCAACCCACAGAACAGCAGCAACAACAUCAAACAGAACACCAGCCAGAUCAGACACCCCCUCCUAACAGGGCUGAGUUAAACAAAGGGAGGGGUUUCAGAAUUUCCAGAAGUCAUGCUAAGAAGACGGGUGAGUUUGUUCCUAAGAAGAGGGGGGGAAGGCCUGCUGGUUCAAGGGUGAGGAAACCCACUGCAUACAAUGUGGAGGAAGAGGAGCAAUGGGAUGAUGAGAGUGAUGAUGAAAAUUUUGAGGAGAGUGAGAGUGAUAGUGAAACUGGUUUCAACUCCGACGAUUUAAUUGACGAAGAAAUUGAAGAAGAUGAAGAACAAGAUGUUCUUAAGGAGGUAAUUUCUGAGAGAAGUUUUGAGGAUCAUUUAGAUGGGAGUAAUAAGCUGGAUAAUUUGUAUGCAAAUGGGAAAUGUUCUGGUUGUGCAGGUGGGGGUUUGGGGUGGACUGUUUGUGCAGUUGGGGGGGAUUGGGGUUUAGGGCAGUGUGGUGUUGUUGUUGGGUAUGGCCAAUUUGGUCAUUGUCAUGCUGUGUUAGGUACUCUAAGUACAAUUGUGGGGAAAAGGAGGCCUUUAAAAUAUUUUAAUAUGUGGUAUGUCGCUCCUGAUUUUCUGGAUUCAUUCAAAAGUAACUGGUAUGAUUUUGUAUCUGGUGUUUCUAUUUAUAAAGUUGUGCCAAAGCUGAAAAGAUUAAAAAUUGUGUUAAAAGAGCUUUCUAAGCUGAAGUUUUGUGAUAUUCAAAAUAGUGAAGCUGCUGCCCUCCAAAAGUUGUUGGAGUGCCAGAAAGAGCUUCAUAUAUCUAUAGGGAAUCCUAAUUUGGCAUCCUCGGAGAAGGAGGCAGCUGAUCACUGUAAGCUAAUUCACAAAUCUUAUCUCAGUUUCUUAAAGAAGAAAAGUAAGUUGCAUUGCCUUAAGGCUGGGGAUUCAAAUCAGGGCGGACCCACUAUGCACAAUUUUUUAAUUCAAAAAUCAGUUUAG